AUGGACCUCCUUUCGACUGUCCGGAAAACAGGUUCGCGCGGUGGCGUCAAUUUCAGUUGGGAGGAUGUCGCCACAUCUCAGUACCGCGAAAAUUACUUGGGCCAUAGCCUAAAAGCCCCCGUCGGGCGCUGGGCCAAAGGGCGCGACUUGAAUUGGUACGCCAAAGCAGAUGCGAGUGCGGCGGAUUCGAACGAGACAGAGGAGGAGAGAGAAGCCCGGGUGCUCCGCGAAGAAAUCCGCAAGGUCAAAGAAGCGGAAGAAGAUGCGAUGGCACGAGCGGUAGGCUUGCCCAUCAAGAUACGCGAUGCGACUGGCGCAAACGCGGUAGAGGUGGGAGGGUCGAAGGUUCCGAACCGUGUGGCAGAGAACGACAAGGCUACGACGCAAGCACCCGCGCCCGAUUCGCGGAGAGAUCGGCGCAAAGAAUCGGACCGACAUAAAAGAUAUUUAGAACGAGGGCACAAGAGGAUGCAUAGAAGCAGGGACGGGGACCGAGGCCGAGACCGAGACAGGUACCGCGAUCGCAGUCGGGAUAGGCGAGGGUGGCAUGACAGCCUUGGGAUUAGGGCGAAGGGUAGCGGCCAGCGAAGGAGAAGCCGUAGUCCAGACCAUGGCCGCCAUCGGCAGGAGAGACAGCGAGAUUAUGACCGCAGUCGCAGCCGCAGCCGCGAUUUGCAUUAUAGGAGGAAGAACGACAGGAGUCGGAGUCGAAGCAGGAGUCGAGGCGGAGGGAGGUGCCUUGGUGGACCUAGGUAG